UCCUCGUGCAUACAAACACACGAUUCCUCUGCAAAUUCAACUAGCCGCUAUCUUAGUAGUUAUAUUUCAAUCUUUUCCCCGGACUCUCCUUAUUACUUGCACACUUGUUACAAAACCCACAGAAAAAAAACUCUUUCGGUGCAAUUUGUGAAUGCAAUCGGACCUUUCGAACAUACUAUUUUGAUUCAAAAGAAACUGGAAAUAAAAAGCCCAUUUUUAUGAAGCUAUUUUUCCCUUCUUGGAGGUCUACUAUGAGCUGCCAGAGCUUCAUCUGGACAACAAAACUUCACUUAAUUUCUGAUUUAAAACUCAUGUCUAUCUAAUGCUGAAGGUUACUCUAGUAAAGUUGCUGGCUUCUUAUUUCUAGGCAGAGCUGAAAAUUUGAAAGAGAACAAUGGAUGGUGUAGCUAAUGACAAUUCAGCUCCAAAGAACAAUGACAUGAAGAAGCAAGAGAUUCAGAAACAGCAUUUAUCAAGAGAUGUGAUGCUGGGUGGCAAGUUAUGGACUGAUGGACUCAUUUGUGCUUUUGAGUUUGUUCGAAGUUGUAGGAAGGCAGCUGGUACAAGGCGCUUUUUACAACAAAAUUCUGUUCGAGCAACAAAGCAUCCACCUAAUUUUGCAUUAGCAAAGAACUUGAUGGAAGAGAUUGAUAAGAGUGCCCAACAAGCUGCACCUUUUGUAGAAUCUGAUAGUGAUUCUUUUGACGGGCAGAACCAUAAUCAGAAUUAUCACUCAGGUCACUUGCAUCCACGAGAAAGAUUUACUGGUAAUUACUGGAUACCAAUUGGCUGGGCCAGAAUUUCAGAGCUGCUUCAGACAGUCCAAGUUGAUGUUGAUUGGGCCUCUCAACCUAAUGAGUUCACUGAUGAGGAAGAAGGAGUCACGGUUGCAGAUGUUGCAGCUCCCUAUUGGGAACACCCUGUGGGGCCAACCUGGUGGUGUCAUGUAGAUGCAGGUCAUCCAUUUAUCGAUGCAUGGUUGAGCAAUGCUCAGUGGUUGCAUCCUGCUAUCAGUAUUGGCUUACGGGAUGAAAGCAAGCUUAUAAGUGAACGCAUGAAACACCUGCUUUAUGAGGUUCCAGUUAGAGUUGCUGGUGGACUGCUGUUUGAGCUCUUAGGACAGUCAGUGGGCGAUCCACUUGCUGAAGAAGAUGAUAUCCCUGUUGUUAUGCGAUUGUGGCAAGCGCAAAACUUCUUGUUGACUUCAUUGCAUGUAAAAGGGUCUUCAUCAAGCAUCAAUGUGUUAGGUAUCGCUGAAGUGCAGGAAUUGCUUGCUGCUGGAGGUUGUAAUGUGCCACGAACAAUUCAUGAGGUCAUAGCACUCCUAGCUUGUCGCCUUGCUCGCUGGGAUGACAGGUUAUUUCGGAAAUACAUAUUUGGAGCAGCUGAUGAAGUUGAAUUGAAGUUCAUGAAUAGGAGAACUCAUGAGGAUAUGCACCUGUUCAGCAUAAUUUUGAAUCAAGAGAUCAGAAGACUCUCAACCCAGGUUAUAAGAGUGAAAUGGUCCUUACAUGCAAGAGAGGAGAUUGUCUUUGAGCUUCUCCAGCAUUUGAGGGGUAACACUGUAAGGAGUCUGCUUCAAGGUAUAAGAAAGAGUACUAGGGACAUGGUUCAGGAGCAAGAAGCAGUUCGCGGUCGAUUGUUUACGAUACAAGAUGUCAUGCAGAGCACAGUAAGAGCAUGGUUACAGGAUAAGAGCCUCCGCGUGCAGCAUAAUCUAGGGGUUUUUGGUGGCUGUGGCCUUAUUCUUUCUAUUAUCACUGGACUCUUUGGAAUAAAUGUGGAUGGAAUUCCUGGAGCAGAAAAAUCACCAUUUGCAUUUGCCUUAUUUUCUGGUGCCCUCGUCCUGCUUGGAGCUGUGCUCAUCGCCAUUGGCUUGAUCUAUCUUGGAUUGCAAAAACCAGAAUUUGAAGAGCAGGUUGAGGUUCGAAGAUUAGAGCUCCAAGAGAUAGUCCGUAUGUUUCAGCAGGAUGCAGAGUCCCAUGCGCAGGUCAGAAAAUCUACUUCACCAGAAGAGGUUUCUUCCAAUGCUAAAGCUCUAUUCUCCGGUGGAAAAAAUUAUCUUAUUAUGACCUAAGCCUAGAUUAGGCAACCUAAAAUAAUUUUCAUAUCCUUAGCUUUGCAGCACAAUUUCAGCUACAUAUAUGUAAAUCCCUUUGAAAUAAUUGGAGAAAUUAAAGUAUCUUUCUUCAUGCAGAGCCGCCCAUAGGUUUUUGAAUUGUCUGGAGUACAGCAGAACAUUGUCAAAUUUUUAACUGGAUGGACACUCAUGUCCAUCAAAUCUAUUCUAUGUUAGGAAUGUGUCCUAGUCUGAGAAA